ACACAUUCUCCCCAGUUAUUGGAGUCAGUCUAUGAUAAGACUCCAGAUCUAUAACUUCGAUCAUUCGCUGUAUAGAAAUAUUAUAUUUUAAAUAAAAGUUAAGAAAUAGAAAAAAGAUAAGAACAUGGUCCUACUAGUAACAGUACCAGAGAGUGAUCUUGGUGACAGAACGAUGUCGUGAUAUAACCUUACAAGGCAGACAUGAAUUUAAUAUAUAGUGAUCUUGUUAUUAUACUAUUGUUCUCAUUCACAAGGAGUACACAUUCAGUAGUAGAUAUCAGAGACUUUACCAAAACUUUUGAAAUUCCUGAGAAAACUCUGACACAGACCCAGAUUACACGAAUUGAUUGCUCCAGCACAGAUAACACGUGUAAAUGUAACGUGGCCAAAACUGACCCACUGGGAGCGCCAUUUGAUGUUUGGAAAAGUGGUGGAUCAUUUUACUAUAUUUUCUUCGUGGGGGUCAACAACGGGAAACCCUUGUCCUAUGUUUCGGUACCGUCCUACCGACUGACCAUCGAGUGCCAGAACGCUGCCGGCACUGAAUCAGACUUCGCUGACCUGGAAGUUGACGUCAAACCAAACGCCAUCCCGGUGAUAACUAAUCCCAGUUACCCACACGAUGUAAUUAAGUUAUCUUCCAUGUCCUCGCAAUGGCCACCCGGCAGCGGCAUCUACACGGUCACAGGUACAGACGCAGACAACGACGUUUUGAGCUGCAGCAUGACGUCAUUCCCCGCUGUCAAUUACUUCAAGAUCGUCAGCAGUGGCACGACUGAUUGUGUCAUUCAAACAACUGUAGAUCUUCGGGCUGUGACAGAAACCAACGUGAAGCUGACAGUGUCAGUGUCAGAUGGCAGAUCUACUGUGAACAACUUUGACAUCGAUGUCAUCACAGACCUAAACACAAGACCAGAUAUUAUAAAUUUGCCUUCUAUUAUAACGGUACCAGAGAACACAGCGGGGGAUACCGUCAUAACCCAACUGUUUAUUCAAGAUCCGGACCCAUAUGUUCCUCAAAUGAUCCCGACCUGUACUGUGGUACCUAACUCAGAACAGUUUAAGUUCAAAUUUGAUUCAGCAAAUCGGAUCAAGCUUGCCACCUCAAUCAAUGGAGUCGGUCCUCUUGAUUACGAGACGACUACUCAGUACGAAAUUACUUGCGUCGUUAACGAUGGAUUUCUGGAGUCUCAAAAUGAGGUGCUGACACUGAAAGUAUCUAACGUGAAUGAGCCCCCAGUGUUUGAUGAGAUAGCCUAUUACUGCGACCUGGAUGAAAGUUCGGCAGGUGGAUCUUCUUGUGCUCUGAAUGCUGUCAUCACGGAUCCCGAAGGCGACGAUAUUAUUUCUGUAGGCUUCCUAAAUGGAAAUAACAGUAACAGAUUUAGGUACGACAGGUCUACGUCGUCCAUCACUUUUAACGUGGACUACGAUGUUGACCAGAACGCCAUGCCCGAGGGCGUGGUGCUCCAGCUGGAGGCCCGGGACAAGUAUGGUGCCUCUAAGACAGUCCCGGUCUACAUCAAGGUCCAUGACGUCAACGAUAACACUUGUGACUUUGGCCCUAAAUCUACCAACACUUUUCAUGCCGAUCAGGGGACCAGCCUUGGCAGCAUGGGGAACAUCAUGGCCACCGAUGCUGACCGGACUUCGCCGAACAAUCACGUGACAUACGAAGUGAUCCAGGCCCUACCUGCUGACUCGACCAACUACAUUGCUGCAUUCAGUGAUGGGUCUCUUUCGUACAUCGGUCUUAUACCAGAACAGAAUCACGGCAAAAGCUACAGUCUUGUAGUUCGGUGCAAAGAUGGCGGCUCACCCCAGAGAACGGCCGUAGGCACCGUGGUGCUGACCUACCAGACCACGACCUCAGCCAGCACCACCUCCACAACGACGACCACUACGACCACCACCACCCCACCUCCCACCACUCAGCCGCCGGACGACAACAUUUUCGACCACCCCGCUUUUGUAGCCGUCUUCUCCCUGCUGAUGGCCAUACUAGGGCUGGCGCUGCUGUCUGCGUUGUACUUUCUGCUGCGCUACUGUGGCGUGUGUGGGAAUCGUGGAGCCGCACCCGCAGAGGCGUCUGGUCAACUGCUCAGAGAUAACUUCUGCUGCCCGAAAAAAAAAAAAGUUGAACCAGUAGAAGAUUACUUUACUUAUGAAGUUCGGACCAACAAUGAUUACAGAGAUUCUUACUGGAAGAAAGGGGACAACUACGAAACAGGUCAUGGCUACAAUCCACUUGGAGAGACUUAUAGUAAACCACUUGAAGGAUUUCAACAUUUGGCGCUGCCCCCUCCACCACAUAGAGGAGCCGACUUUUGAGGAGCUCACAUCAUUCAUUUGUUCAUUGCAAAACUUUUUUUUACACACAUUAAAACGUACACAUCAUUAA